AUGGAGCAAAGGAGCAUUAGUGGAGAUUUCCUAAACAAGGAUUCCAACAUCUCAACCUGGGAUACUACCAUCACAGCACCAAAUGGAAGCAUCUACACUGAUUCUUCAUAUUGUAACAUCAUUUUCCAAGCCAUAAUUUUUCUUUCCCUCAUCUUUGUUCUGGUUGGAUUGGCAGGAAAUGCCAUAGUGAUGUGGCUUCUGGGCUUCCGCAUGCACAGGAAUGCCUUCUCUGUCUACAUCCUCAACCUGGCUGUGGCUGACUUUCUCUUCCUGAGCUUUGAAUUUGUAUAUUUCCUUCAUCUUUUCCUUUACAUUUUCUACUCCAUUCCCAUCUAUAUCCAUAUGCCUUGGUUUUAUCCUCUUGUGCCAACAAUUGCUUAUCUUUCUGGCCUGAGCAUUCUCAGUGCCAUUAGUGUUGAGCGCUGUCUGUCUGUUUUGUGGCCCAUCUGGUAUCGUUGCCGACGCCCAAGGCACACAUCAGCUGUCACAUGUGCCUUGCUUUGGGCUCUGUCCCUGCUCUUGAGUCUCCUGCAUGGGGAGGAACGUGGUUUUCUGUUUAAUUGUAUUGACACUUUUUGGUGUCAAACAUUUGAUUACAUCACAUCUUCCUGGCCAAUUGUUUUAUUUGUAGUUCUCUGUGCAUCCAGCCUCACCCUGCUGGUGCAGGUCUUUUGUGGCACACAAAGGAUCCCUGUGACCAGGCUGUAUGCAAUCAUUGUACUCACAGUGCUGUUCUUCCUGAUCUUUGCUCUCCCCCUGGGCAUUGUCUUUUUCUUCUGCCAACUUUUUGGGUAUCUUUGUUUUGUUAAAAGUUGUGAUACUCAUUUGUUAUUAUUCCUAUGCUGUGUUAACAGCUGUGCCAAUCCCUUCAUUUACUUCAUUGUUGGCUCCAUCAGGCACCGCAGGUUACAGAGGAAGACUCUUAAGCUGUUUCUUCAGAGAGCCCUGCAGGACACUCCUGAAGAGGAGACUUGUGGAGAGAGGGGCUCUUCAGAAGAGCAUGGAGAACUUGGCUUUUGGGAAGGAGUAAAGGACAAGGUAAAGGGAGAGCAGAAGCAUUGUCACACCACAUCUUUCUCCCACGUUCUCAGAGCUUCUGAAGCCCAGCUGCUCUGUGAUUGCUGGGGUCAGCUGACUGGAGCCCCGGGAUUCUUCUGCUGCAGCACAGGGCUGUGGGAGUGUGUGAGGCAGCGCAGCGCCUGGGCCCUGGCAUCUGUCUUUGUAAACUGUGCAGCAGUCUCACGACGGAGGGCUACUAUCAGCACCAUGAGCAUUAUGAUCGCAAACAUUUUGCUGUUGCUGAAGGUGUUGUCUCAUGAGCGUGGUUCCCAGAAAACCAUGAGGCUCCUUCGUCUUUACUGUCCGGUACAGAACAAUCGCAAACAAGAGAGUCAUGGUUUUGGACGGGGCUAUUUCCAUGGCAACAAAAGUUGGAAAGAAACAGCAAGAAAGCCUCAGAAGUUAGCUUGA